AUGUCAACGCCGCGUCCACACCAGCGCUUGGGCGACACCGCCUGGAGCAAAGUCCCCAAAGUCAAUGGCGAGCUCUUUGCACUGACCUACGGCUCGCUCGUGACCCAACUGAUGAAGGACUUCGAGGACCUCAAGGUUGUGAACCAGCAACUCGAUAAAAUGGGGUACAACAUCGGCGUGAGGCUCGUCGACGAGUUCCUGGCCAAGUCGGGCGUGGCCAACUGCCAGAACUUCAAGGAGACGGCCGAAGUGGUGGCCAAAGUGGCGUUUAAGAUGUUCCUGGGCAUCAACGUCGACGUGUCGCAGUGGAACGCAGAGGGCGACGCGUGUAGUCUCGUGCUGUACGAGAACCCGCUGACUGAAUUUGUCGAGCUGCCUCCGAGUGCUUAUGGCGUGCUGUGGUACUCGAACGUGCUGUGUGGCGUGCUGCGAGGAGCGCUGGAGAUGGUGCAGAUGCGGGUGGAGGCGCACUUUGUCAAGGACGUGCUGCAGGGAGACGACGUGUCGGAGAUUCGACUGGAGCUCAAGGGUAUGAUCGAAGAAGCUAUGGGUGACGAGUACAACGAGGACUAG